UGUCAAAUCGUAGGUGCUUUUUACAAGUUUAACUGGAGUAAUGAAAAUUUUCAAUUCUUUAUAAACUUUAUGAAAGUGAUAAUGCUAAUUGUCAAUGAAAUAAAUAAAUGUUAAACGUUGACCAUGUUUCAUUCGUUGUUUGCAGUUGUUUAUUUCAUUUUCGCGGUAUUGGAAGUAACUUCUGAAAACCAAUCAUGCCUAAACAAAAAUGAAAAUUGCCACAAACAGCACCUGGAGAAAUUCAACAAAUACUCAGAAGGGGCAAAUUCGAAGCAUUUCCAUUAUUUAAAGUUGCUGGAAGAAGCGAAGGGAGAAUACAUCCCUUGCAAUGAAUCUAAAUGCUCAUGCCAUACAAAUGUUAUUGCAGAUGAUUUGAAAGUUUUCAAAAGUGGAAUAUCCAAAGAGGAUCUUGAAAGAGUCAAAACAAAGGGUACCAAAUAUCAAAUAAUAGGAAAUCGUCUCUUCCGUGAAAAAAACUGCAUGUUUCCCGCUCGUUGUGCAGGAAUUGAAUAUUUUUUACUGAAACUAUUACCCAAGUUACCAGAUGUUGAGUUCAUUGUGAACACCAGAGAUUGGCCUCAAAUUCACAAAAAUUAUGGUAUAUUUGGACCUGUUUUUUCCUUCAGUAAAACAUCUGACUACUACGAUAUUAUGUAUCCAGCUUGGUCAUUUUGGGAAGGAGGUCCAGCUAUUAGCUUGUAUCCGAGAGGAAUAGGUAGAUGGGAUAAUCAUAGGAAGAAACUAGGAACAAUUGGUAAUUCUUCAUCUUGGUUCGAAAAGAUACCAAAGGCAUUUUUCAGAGGAUCACGAACAAGUGCUGAAAGAGAUCCUCUUGUACUUUUGUCUCGAGAAAAUUCAUCGAUUGUUGAUGCCAAAUAUACAAAAAAUCAAGCGUGGAAGUCAGAUGCAGUGUAACUGAUGUUAGGUUCUUCUUGUGGUGUUUUUAUAUGGUUUCGCUUGCGUAAUUUUGAGGAUCAUUGCAAAUACAAGUACCUUUUCAACUUCCGUGGCGUUGCUGCUAGCUUCCGAUUCAAACACAUCCUCCUGUGUAAAUCCCUAGUGUUCCACGUAGGAAAUGAAUGGCAGGAGUUUUUCUACCCCGCUCUGAAACCUUGGGUUCAUUACAUUCCCGUAGAAGCUAAUUCUAGUAAAGAGAAAAUCCGAGAACUCAUUGAAUUCGCAAUGUACCACGAUGAGGUAGCGAAAGAAAUUGCCGAGAACGGGUACAGUAUGAUUUGGAAUAAUUUGAAACUGUCGCAUGUCAGUUGCUAUUGGAAGCAGCUGAUUAAAAGCUAUGCUAAAUUAUUGAAAUUUGUACCGGUUCUAGACAAAAGUCUGGUUGAGAUUAAAGAAAAAUGAAUUGGGUUUGACAGUAUUUCAAAGAGGACUACUAUUUAGCCAAAAGCAUUUAUUGGGCUGAAAUGUAUUGGAUUGAGCAUGUCUACAAGGGUGACCUUCUGAGUAUCAGUUCGCAUCAAUUUUCAAAAUACAUUAUUCCAGAAGGCUUUGGCAGCAAUUGUUUUCCUGGCUUGAUAUCAUGGUGAAUUAUGUGAUGUUGUAGGUUGAUUUCCUAGUUUUAUCUAAAAGAAUGGUAGUGAUUAGUCCAGUAAAUGCUUUGUGAGAACACAACUUUUGUUGGUAUUAUCGACGUUUUAUCACCUGUAACAAUGUUGUAUAUGAAUUUUGAAGCUUUCAAGAUGAAUGUUUUGAGUAUUUCAUACCAUUUCAUACAAGCUUUUUUUAAGUAUUGGUCAAAUUAUGUGAAAUCUGUCUGAAUCAAACAAUAAAGAAACUAAUACAGUU